AUGUUCACUUAUGCGAACAACUCGUUUAAUGAACCACUUGCGUGUCAGGACGUCACCAUGACAGGGGGAUCCACUCUUUCUAAUAGCAACUGGCAAGCUUUCAGCGGAUCAGGCACAACCUACUAUCUUGAAAGCACUAUUAAUGAUGCAUCGGAAGUGAGUGAUGUAUUUGUUGCUUUUGUACCCAACAUUACCUAUGCUGCGAAUUAUACUGUACACCUUUUUACUCCUGGCUGUACAAACGAUGGGACCUGUUCCACAAGAUCGGGAGUGAACGUGACAGUUUUCCCCGCCCAGGGUGCUGAUCCUGUUUCUACAGUCCUUUAUGAAACCAAUCAGUUUGAUAAGUAUGACACGGUGUAUAGUGGAAUUUUGGAUGCACGGCACGGAUUCGAACCCAAGGUAGUGGUAGCCCCCCUCGUACAAUCUGAUGGACAGGCGUUCCCUAUCACAUUUGUUGUAGAAAAGGUUCAAUUUGUCCCCAAUGGGAAUAUCACGGAUAACAAUUCCACAAUCAGCAAUGUACCAUUAGAACUGAAUGGUCUUUUCGAAUAUAACCAUGAUAAUUUCACACGAUAUAAUUCAAAUUCGUCAUUUCUUCCUGUGGGUGAUAGCACUUUCAACAAUAUCGGAGUUAGUCUCUCAACAAAUGCAACUGUAUCGUCAACUCUCCAUUUAAAUAGUGAUAACAUAACAAUUGUGGCCGGUAACUUUUCCAGCAAAUUCGGUAAUAAUUUUAUUGCUGUUUCUCACAAUACCAUUUUGAAUAUCUCUGGCUCCGGAUUAAAUGGUCCUGUAAGCUCAGUAAUGAAUGCGUCUGAGAUAACCAAUGGUGGCGUCCUUGUUACAGGAAACUUCAGUAAUACGGUGGAUUCGACUGUCUCAGGUUUAAACUAUAUUGCUGUUUAUGACUCCUUGAAGAACAAAUGGCAGCCUCUGGGUAGCGGUGUAGAUGGCCCGGUUGAUAGCGUGGCAAUAUUUAAUGUGAAUGGAACUACAACCUAUGCCUUCUCGGGCACGUUUUCACAUGCUUCAAAUAACUCUGUUGAUGGCUUCGCGAUUUGGGUACCUAGUGAGUCUGAAUGGAUUCAGCAGUCUUCAUUAAACCAGAGUUUUAUUGAUGGUAGACUUUCGACCAGCGCGAGCUCCAUUGAAAGUACGGACUUUUACUUUGGUGCACUACGAAUCCUGGGCGAAAGAGCUCCCUCCGCUGUGUAUUUGAACUCUGAUCUCAGUGUUUCGCCAAUGCCUUUCACAUUAUUGCAAAAUUUUAGUGCAAAUUCCAGUGCUCAUGGCUUUAAUUCUACUUCCUUGACAAGACGGGCAACGAUACAGACUACCAAUGGAAACGUUAUCAACACAGGAGCUUUUGCCAACGAUUCGUUUUCCAUAUUAGGAGGACAUUUUGCUGCGACUUCGAACCAGGGUGGUGGUGACAUUAUUCAGCACGUCCUGAUGCUCAAUGGUGACCAAGUCUCCGGCCUUCCAAACACGAAGGAUAAUUUUAUUGAUAGCGAUAGUGAAGUAUUCGCACUACUAAUUGCAGAUGAUGUUCUGUACAUUGGUGGUAGUAUAUCAGGUUCAAUGGGGGGUGGUACAGUGGGGGGACUGGUUUUCUAUGAUCUUAAGAACAAUACUUACGCUAGUCCUCAACCCCCACCUUUGACUGGAGAUCAGGCUAUUGUUACCAGCCUGAAUAUCAGACCGAAUUCGGAGCAGCUUGUUGUCAUGGGUUCUUUCACUCAAGCCGGUAGUCUACAAUGUGAAGCUUUCUGUAUUUACGACCUAGCAGCAACCAGAUGGACCAAUCCACCUUCUGGUCUUACUGGAAUUAUUUCAAGCUCAGUAUUCAUUGGAAAUGAUCUUAUUUUUUUUGCUGGUGCCUUUCAAUUAAACAAUACGGAUGUUUAUUUCAGCCAGUAUGAUUUCUCAACGAGUACAUUUAGUGUCAAUACUCCCUUGCAAAGAGGAGUUCCAGGCCCUGUAAACAGUUUUGUAUUGAAUGGAGUAGGAGCGGAGUCUAUUUUUGCCAGUGGUGUUAAUAAUGACACGGGUAAAACCUAUCUAUCUCACUGGAACAACAACAAUUGGACUUCUUUAGACUCUGUCUUUGGAGAUGGUAGUACAAUUACCCAAUUGAGUUUAACCCAAUUGAAUAAUAAUCAUAAAGCAAAUGAUAUUCUUCCCGAUAACGAGCUUUUAAUAGUUACAGGUAACUUGGUUCUUCCAAAUUUUGGAAAUGUCUCUACGGCCAUGUUUGACGGUAACAGCUGGCAACCAUUAAUCAUCACUUCCAAUCAACAGUCGAGUGGUACUGUCAACGCAUUCUUUUCACAAUCUUCUCAGUCCUUUAGUACACUACUCGGCAAACAUUUUAUGAAGCGAGGGUUUGUGGUAUUAGUUUCCCUGGCGAUUGCUGUUGGGCUCACAAUCUUAGUCGUCCUUCUUGGUCUCCUCUUUGCAUACGUUCGUAGAAGAAAGCAAGGGUACCAGCCAGCUAAUGCAAGGGUAUCGGAAUUAGAUAUGACAGAGACGGUUCCUCCAGAAACGCUUCUUAAGGAAAUUGACAACUUAGGAGGUCAUACACGAUACUAG